AUGGUAGGGCGACUUGCAGGCAAGAACGCCGUUGUCACCGGCGCAGCCGGUGGCAUUGGGCUCGAAACAACAAUUCUCAUGCUCCGUGAAGGCGCCUCGGUUUUGAUGACCGAUAUCAGUGAUACAGGACUUAGCACGGCCCUUAGCAGAGUGAAUGAGAUUGUCCCACCAGCUUCCCGUGCCGGGAAGGUCGAGGCCAAGGUUGUUGAUGUCUCGAACGAGUCCCACAUUGAAGCCGCAGUUGCAUACCUUGAUUUAUGGGGUGGAUUGGAUGUCAUGUUCAACAAUGCAGGAAUCAUGCAUCCCCGGGACGGAGACUCGGAGGAAUGCCCCGAGGAGAUUUGGGAUCGGACAAUGAAUAUCAAUGUAAAGGGGGUGUGGUUUGGAUCCAAGCACGCAGUGCGCAGCUUUCGAAAGCACGGGAAGAAGCGCGGUAGCGUUAUCAACACAGCCAGUAUGGUUGCAUUGGUUGGAGCUGCCACGCCGCAGUUGGCAUACACCGCGAGUAAAGGCGCAGUGUUGGCCAUGACGCGGGAAUUGGCUAUUGUGCAUGCACGAGAAGGAUUCCGCUUCAAUUCGCUUUGUCCUGCCCCGCUCAAUACCCCUCUUCUCCAGGACUGGCUGGGGGACGACAAGGAGAAGCGAUUCCGACGUGAGGUACAUUUCCCCACGGGUCGAUUUGGAGAGGCGAUUGAGCAGGCCCAUGCCGUCAUCUUCCUUGCUAGCGAUGAGAGCAGCUUCGUCAAUGCAGCAGACUUUGUUGUAGACGGUGGAUUAACCAAGGCGUAUGUGACGCCGGAGGGCCCGGCGACUCAGGCUCCGAAAAACUCAGUCCAAUCAUAG